AAUAUCUCCACUCUCUCCUAGGGUUUUCGAUUUUUUCCACUUCCGAUUAACACAGUAGGUAUGACUUUUAAGAAGUUUGUGAGAAAAGGUGUGAAAGAAGUAACCGAGGUACCCCGUAUUGAAAGGCAAGGGAGUCUUGUUGCUGAUGCUGGUUCUUCUGGUGUUCAGAACGAUGAUCCAGAGGUGUCAAGUGCUGUGGAUCCCCCCAUUCUGAACAUUGAUAUGUCUGAGGUUGAAAUUACUGGGGUCUCUGUUGCUAAGAAGAAGAAGAAGAAGAAGAAGAGGGAAGUUCCUAUCCCUCAGUCUAUUGCAGGUCGUGUGAAGAAGAGAAAGGUUUGGGAUGAUCUCAAAGAGUCUAAAUUCCGCAGGCCCUCUGCUCCAAAGACAGAUCUUCAUGAUCAGAAAAUUCUUACUUGGUUGAAUGGUGAGGACAUGAAUGCUGAAAAUAUCAAGAAAAUUGACAACAUGGAUAAUGAGACGUUUCUUCGUGUUUUCAAAAAAGAUCGCCAAUUCCACACUUAUCCUGAUGCUCUUAUUGCUAGGCGUUUUUCCAGGAUGUCCAUUCAUCUGAGAUCCAAGAGUUUUGAGGUACAAUCUGUCAAAAUUAUAAAUAUGGUGUUUAAUUAUAAAUUCUUGUAUUGGAAGGGAUAUUAGUGUUAAGUUAGUAAUUUGUAUAAAUACCCCUUCCCCAUAAACCUUGUAAUAAGCUUUUGAUAUAUUUACCAUACCAACU